GGGCAGCGGGAAGGGCCGGGCUGGGGCGCGGGAGCAUGGGGCGGUGCUGGGCCCCUGGUCCUGAACGUGUGGUCCUGGCGCUUCUUCUGGUCCGUUGGGUUCUUUGGUUAAGGGAUGCUGCCGUGUGCUCGGGCCCCGCGCCUGUUGGAGGCACCCGGGGUAGCCGCCUUUUAAGCAUAAAUCUUGCUGCUCUCUAGUAUCGCUGUACUCCAAGGUUGUAGACGUCGUGAGAUCCUUAUGGGACUGCAUAGCGUUAGAGUAUAUGUAAAACGGUGGUCUUAUAGUGACAAAAUAGAUUUUAUGAUUUAGAUUUGGGAAGGAGAAGUUGACUGUCUUUUGCCCUUCUUUAAAUUUCUUCCUAUGAAAGACCAAAACACCUCUCGCACUGACUGCACUUUGUUCUGCCCUUUUCACAGAAUCUGCCGGAUCGCGGCUCUUCCUUUGGUUUCUCAGUGUUUAAUUUAAUGAAUGCAAUCAUGGGAAGUGGGAUACUUGGCUUAUCCUAUGCUAUGGCCAACACAGGGAUCAUGGGGUUUAGUAUCUUGCUGCUGAUUGUUGCCAGCCUUGCUGCUUACUCUGUAUUUCUUCUGCUCAGUAUGUGCAUUCAGACUGCUGUCACUUCUUAUGAAGACCUUGGCCUGUUUGCAUUUGGAUCAACUGGAAAGGUCCUUGUUGCAACUACAAUAAUUAUCCAGAAUAUUGGAGCUAUGUCAUCUUAUCUUUUAAUUGUUAAGUCUGAACUUCCUGGUGCUGUUGCGGGAUUCUUAAGUGGAGACGAGAGUGGGUCUUGGUACCUUGAUGGGAGACUGCUGCUACUGAUUACUUCAGUCUGCAUUGUUUUUCCUCUUGCGCUUCUUCCUAAAAUUGGCUUUCUUGGCUACACAAGUAGUUUAUCAUUUUUCUUUAUGGUGUACUUUGCUCUUGUGAUCAUGAUUAAAAAGUGGUCGAUCCCUUGUCCUCUACCUCUAAGUAGUGCCAUAGAGACUUUACAGGUUUCAAAUUCUACUGAGGAUUGUAAAGCAAAGCUCUUUCAUCUUUCAAAAGAGAGUGCUUAUGCGAUACCAACUAUGGCCUUCUCUUUUCUCUGCCAUACCUCAGUCUUACCCAUCUAUUGUGAGCUCCAAAGUCCAUCCAAACGUAGAAUGCAGAAUGUAACUGUUACAGGAAUUGGUCUGAGUUUUCUAAUUUACUUUAUGUCUGCUCUGUUUGGGUACCUGACAUUUUAUGACAAAGUGGACUCUGAGUUGCUACAAGGUUACAGCAGGUACCUGCCACAUGAUACUGUCAUCAUGACUGUUAAAGUAGCUAUCCUGUUUGCUGUGCUUUUGACGGUCCCUCUCAUCCAUUUCCCAGCAAGGAAAGCUGUAUUGAUGGUAUUUUUCUCCCAUCUUCCUGUGUCAUGGAUUUGCCAUAUACUUGUCACUUUAACACUGAAUACAAUUGUUGUUUUGUUUGCAAUGUACGUGCCGGACAUUAAGAAUGUGUUUGGAGUAGUUGGUUCAACCACAUCAACGUGUUUGCUUUUCAUAUAUCCUGGACUAUUUUAUCUUAAACUUAGCAGAGAGGACUUUUUAUCACUACAGAAGCUUGGGGCAUGUGCAUUGGUUAUUUUUGGCAUUUGUGUUGGCCUUCUCAGUUUAGUUCUAAUAAUUUUCAAUUGGAUUGAUCAAUAACAGCCUAUUGUCACUGUCUGAACUGAGCUUCAGAAGGACAGCAAGAACCAGAGAUGUAUCAAAACUGCUGAAAUGCAUGCUGGACAUCCUGAAGAAAACACUGACCAAAGUUGUCUACGGAAGAAAUCACUCUUUCUCGCUGUGUUAGUGAUGUUCCUUCUUUAAUCUUAAGUCACCUUCUUCAGUUGUUGGACAAUUAGUCUUUGCCAUUCUAAAAUACUAGUUUUUAAUGAUGUAAUCAUGACGGGUAAAAAGGUCUCUUGAGAAUUUAUGCAAUGCAAAAAUGGUUUAGUGCACAUGGUGAACAAAAGCAGAACCUUGGAAUAACUUCUCUUCUAAAGACAAAUGAGAUGGGUAGAUACACAUUAGUCAUGAUGUGUAUAUUAUGUUGUGUGCAUGUAAACUGUGAAAGACUUCUAUUGCUUGAAUGAUUUCCAAACUUUCAGCCAGUUCACAAUAAGAACUUCUGAUUCCAAAUGUUUACCCUAACAUCCUAACAUGGAUCCAGAAACCAACCACCUUAGCCCAGUUUAAUGGGCACAUCAUGAUUAUAAUUGCUGGAUUUUUUUAAAUACAGUUUUUAUACCUCACUAUACUUGAAUCAUACUGAAGUAAUUUUUAAAUUAGAAGGCUUUGCCCACCUAGCAUAGUAGCUUUUAGUAGCAUUAGGAAGUAUUUCCCUUUUUCAAUUGUUAAUAGACAUUUUUUCAAUUAAUAUCUACUUUUGAAUAUUAUCCAGUGUACCUCAGUAUUCCUCCCAGUGAAAGACCCCUUUCUUUCUCUUAUUCCCAUUUUUACAAGUUUUUCGUAUUUGAAAUAGAGUGGUUUUGUAUUUUAUGUACUGUUGUGUGUCAGAGAAGGUUUGGGCUUGAAAGGUAAAAUUCUGCCUCUGUUGAAGACAAAGGAAACUUGACAUUUAUGGAACAGUAAUUUUAUAUCCGAUCUCUAUAAACCUCCAUGUACCUUUUUUUUGCAUGAAAUGUGAAUGCAGUUUUGAACACCAACUGGGCUCUGUUAAAUAUGGUAUUGAGUGCUCACCACAAAAUUUCUUCAUUAGUAGAAUGAAAGCAGUGGCUGAUACCGUGAUAAGGUUUUUAAAAUUUGUUUCUAUCAGAUGGGAUCUUAUGUCUUUAAAAUAGCCUAAUCUCUUCAGAAACUUUAUGCCCUAAGGAAACUAAGCCUCCACAGAAAUGGCUUCUGUAAAGUUAAGAAGUUAGACCUCAGCCUCAGAGAGUGGGAAAAUUCUUCAUUAUUUCCAGAUGCAUUAUCUCUUUUAAUUUAGCUUAGCACUUUUAUAUCUGAGAAGUAGAAGUAGUCACAAGUGAAUCAGAGUGAAGUAAUACAUCUAUCUAAUAUGAAAGCAGCUAGUAAGUGACAUUUAUUUAAUGUUUCAGUCUGUAAUGUGCACAGUUAGCAAAUUAGUUGACUGUUGCUAGAAAGUCCUGCUGAGACAGUUCUGUUAAUGUGUUGACUUACACCUUAUCAGUUGAGAUAGGGGCGGUGCCCCAGAGCCUGGCAUUUCUAACUUCUCAGCAGUGGGGCUGUGCUGUUAACCUUUUUAAUUGUCACAUGGGAUUUGGGAAAUGCUGAUUGAUGUGCCAACCUUAACGUAACCCUGAUUGAAUGUGCUUGAUCCUCACCUGUCUAAUAGGGAGAAACAGCAAAUAGCAGAGUGGGAAUCAUCUUUUCUGUUCCUGAACUCUCAAACUAGGAUGACAGCAGAUCACUCAGCUCUCUCGGGAUCCAUAAGUUACUUUUCAUCUUUGAUAGCUGGCUUGAAGGCACCCGGGUGGUGCAGCUUGGUACUGCUUCAGGAAUCCUAUUUGCCUCAGGAAUAUUCUUGUACUUCUGAGUUUAAUAUAGAAAUAGACAUGUGCAGUGGGGCCUGGGCACUAACUCCGUAGUUUUGGUAGGAUCCCUGGAAAAGACUACAGUUUAUUUUAUAAUAAAGUUUCUAGCAGAAGUUUUAUGACACAAGGUGAGCCAUCUAAUAGUUUGUCAGUAGCAGAAAGAGCACUUCCACUCUUGGCCAGAAGUGGCAGUGGCUCAUGACCGGCGUGUUUAACUAGCAGAAAACCAACGUGAUCGCAAGGUGUGACACCUUUUCUGCCAAAAAAAAAAGGAACUGAAUGAGUUCACUUAGGGGACAAGAAAAGUGAGGGGUGUGGUAGGAGUGGGACUGCCUUUUUGAGCAGCAGCAGCCAUUAGAUAGCACAUUUUUCUCAUAAAACUUCACACUUUCCCAGCAGUUUUGCUUCAGCAGGUUGAAGUGUGUGUGUGUGCUCACAGGGGAUCUCUCAGUUGAGAGGUCUCUGAAAUCCUUUGAUCAAGGGAUGGAUCGGGCUUUGUCAGCAUCGUGUGAGUAUUUAUGGUUGAGGCUCCUCAUCUCGCCUUUAUUCUUGCAGUUCUCCCAACUUGUUUAACUCCUGAUAACCAGAUGUAGCUGCCUUCCUGCCUGUGGCUCCCCUUGAAUAGCUGUGUUUCCCAGGCUUCAUUAUGCUAUAGGGAUUCAGCCACUCAGCAUAUUGUAGUAGUCUAAAAAGUAGUGUAAAAAGCCAAGUACUUACCUCAUAAAAGUGUACCUUGAGAAAGCAAUGACAGCUGUACAUCAGGAAGUGAUUUUCUGACUGAACCAAAACUUUUUAUGAAAACGGGAGACCUUACACUGAUGUGAAUGAACUGUAGGGUUUUUUCAGACACUAGAAUUUAGGAGGAAUAUUUAUUAGAAAUUUUAUGGAAAUUGUUUCUCAUUUAUCAUACUCUCUGGUAGCGUACUAUUGAGUAAUACUUGUAGUCACUGCAGUCACUUUAUUUUAAACUCUAACCAGCAAGAUUUGACACUGGAGACAGAUUAUCUGUGAAGGUGCAGAAAGGUGAUGACUUUUUUACUAAGUUUUUGUUUUUUCCUCCUCCCCCUGAAAAAGCACUCUUGCCCUGCACUGUAAGGCUCUCUUUGUACACAGGCACUUGGGUUUGUGUGCGUUGUCUUAAAAAAUGUGACUGAGAAAAUACCUGAUGUACACUGUUAAUUUUACAGUUGAUUCCUGAAAUGCUAUGGAAAUCACUACAUGUAAUAUUUUUCAUCCCUAAGUAUUAUCCUAACUAGCUUGGCUAGAAAACAGCUAUCCUAAUAGGUGGAGUUUGGAACGAUGAAUGCCAGUGAGGUUAAUUCUCCUUGAGGAUGAAUGGAAGCUAUUCACACCUCUGCUGGAGCUCUAUUACUACAUUUAGCUGUGGUGCAGAAAGGAUCGCAGCACAGGGGCUGACAGAAUGUGUGGUAUCUUUCAUCUGAGAAAGAGUUAGAAAUACUGCUGCUUUUACAGUUCUAUGACACAUAACUUAAAAUAUGGAGAGAGGGGCAGAAAGAACUUCUGUUUCCAAAUCUAGAAAAAGUUGGGUUUUCCACAAUGAAAAAGCAGAAUAAGGAGACUCUUUAUCCUUCCCAUCUCCCACAGAUUGCUCAUGGUGUCUGUGUAAAGGUUUCACUACAGUUGUGCACUAGCAUGAAUUUUUUGGAACAAAACAGGCCCCCAAGCUGGAACUCUCUGCUCACAGUUGCUAAAUAUAUUUAUUCUUGUGUACAGAUUUUUUUUUUCCCAAAAAUUCCAGAUUUUUAAGUUUCAGUGGUUCUGCUUUGUUACCUGUAGCUAGCAUUUUCCAACCUUCUUUUCUGAAGACUUGACAGGAAUGGGUGAAGGGGCCCACAACAUCUCUGCACUCACUUGGAAAGGCUGCCUUUCCCCAGCUGAACAAGAACAACAAUGUAAGAGAUGAUAAUUAAUUGGCUGCCUUUGAUUUGUUUUCUCUCUUUCUCCUAUUUCCAUUCCUUGUCCAUUUGAAGGCUGCUCAGAUUUCAGAUGAACAGUGGUAAGCUGGGUGUGGAGAGUGUCUUUUGUAAACAGCAUUGUAGGAACGAGUACCACAAAACAAAAGUGCUAUAAACCUGUCUUUGUGAGAAAUGCUCAUGUUUUAUUCCUGUGUUUCUAAGCAGUUUGUAUCUUGAUAUAUUGAUUUUCAUGGCAAUAUUUGUUUAAAAUUCUCUCACGUGACCCAUACAAUGAAAAUUGAGACACUGAAACUGUCCUAUCCUCUUGCUGUCCCUCCUUUCACCUUCCCCUUCAGUUUUUACAUCGGUGUCAGUUAGAUAGGGCUGAGCUGGAGUGUGCCCUUAGCUGACAGUCUGAGCAAUUGUUACGGGGAGCGCAACCUGGGCGAGAGGGUACAGGUCAGGGAAAGCGCUGCUGGAUCCGUGCCUGGCAGGCUUAUCUUCCCUAAGUGCCCACCACUGCUCAUCGCUGGAGGUCAGUGCUGUGCCUAGGCUGACCUUUUUGGUGUGCCCACCUUGUUUGUUUGUGUAAGAAUUUUCAGUUUUGAAUGUGGUCACAUCUUAGCAGUCUUUCCAUGUUGCAAAGUUGAUUUGGAGUUCUUAAAUUAUUUGUAUCAUGCUCAGGGUGCUGGUAUUUCCUACCCUUGCAACCCUCCUCGUGAGGAUGAAAACACGAUGGUGCAAUGGGAUCUCUCUGAUGGAGCUGCUAGGGCAAACGUUAAAUCCUUGAGUAGCUCACAAGCACGCUGUUUCCAUGAGAGAACACAGGCUUGUACUUUAGUGUAUUUCUCAUGCUGUGCAAAGUGCCGUUUUGGUACGGCUCUGGAAGCCAGUGCUCCAGCAGCAGUAGUCCAUGGGGACUGUGAGGAUGCAGAGCAGCCCUCAGGCCCCGCUUGCCUGUUUGGAGGCUCCAUGGGCAUCUCUUGGGACAGAAGUAGAGCAGGUUUGUGGACUGAUGUGGGUGUUUUGCAUGACCCAGUAUGGCCAGUCUCAUUUCAGAUAAAUUCCUUAAUUUUAAGGAUUAUUUGUGAAGAACAUGAAACGCUUUCAUUAGCAUGAGCACAUUCAGUGUUACAUGUGACGAGGGGACAGAAAUGUGUCUGUUCUAGAUAGAAGUGUCAGCAAUGUCCCCGUUACCACAGAGGUGUCCCCCUCUGGCAGGCCAGCUCCCAAGCCCUUCCUGAGCCAAAGGGAGGUUCAGAAUUCAGAGUCCUGCCGAUUCAGCAGCCCACGGGCUGCAUGUGGCUUACACUCUCAUUUCUAUAAAAAAUAGAGAUGGGCGUACUUAUCAAUGCAUCACUACAAAUACUUGAAGAUUAAUUCAGUUGUUUCCAAGUGUCCCUACUUAAGGAGAUGAAAAUUAAUCUUAGUUCUGUAGUGGCAUCCCAGUGUUAAUUAAAGUUUGAAAUUCAGAUCAGUCCAGGAGCUAAAGUAACAUUGAUUAUUGUAUAACUCCUUUCUUAAUUCGCUUUACCUGAAACUAUGGUUUUACUGUUGACUUUCAUGUUGAAAAUGUUGAACAUUAGUUGUAGGUGCUCUGCAUACUGAAAAACCUUUGGACACGUUUACUGCUCCUUCCUAAUGACUGCCAAUGGGAAAGAAUUUUCAGUAUUACAAGUGCUGCCUAAUUUUUACGGUUUAUGGUGGUGGGUUUUGUAUUUGUGUUUCAGUAGUGAUCAUCCAACCAUGCCUCAUGGGGAAAUGGAAUUAUAAAAAAAAAUUAUCUGUGUGUAAAAAUUGCCUAACUCAUGUCAAACCUGUAUGUUGUACAACAGAUUUCCUAUUUUGAAUUCUCCCUCCCUCAGAUUCCCCGUGGAACAGCCAGGGCAUGUUCUACAUAAACCAGAAAAUAAAGAACAGUACUUGCU